UUAAAUGGAAAUGUUUGGCGGUAUGGUGGUACUGUCUUUCUUUUUGGAGUUACUUUUUUGGUUGUUGAAAUGUUUGGUAGGUACCUAAAUUUCAAUAACUGGUGGUAAUGGUGGUCAACUAGUCUGCUUUUGGUGGAGAGGAUGGCGGUGGCUAGAAUGUGAAGGCAUUGUGGUAUUGGUGCUGUUGAAAUGGCAUGAGAUGUUGAUAUGCAAUGUCUUGGCUUGGUGGUGGUAAUCUUGUGGUGGCAUGUUGUUGUAAAGGAUCUAAAAUAUGCCGAUUCUGAUGAAUGGGCAAAGGUUGAUGGCAAUUCUGCCACAAUUGGUAUAACAGAUCAUGCUCAAGACCAUUUAGGCGAUGUUGUGUAUGUUGAAUUGCCAGAAGUAGGGGUCAGUGUAUCACAAGGUGGCAGUUUUGGUGCGGUUGAAAGUGUCAAGGCUACUAGUGAUGUUGACUCUCCUGUUUCUGGUUAACUCAAGCCCAUAUGAAAAUGGAUGGAUUAUAAAGGUGAGAUGAAUGAUGCUGGUGAAUUGAAGACCUUGAUGGAUGCGGAUCAGUACUCCAAGUUCUGUGAAGAAGAGGACUCCUUGCACUAAUUGGACCAACCUGGUCACGUUGGAACAGGUUAUGUCGUGCAUAGAGCAAUGUUGCUUCUGGAAAACCGAAAAUACAUUUUUAUCUGUAUGUGUUUCAUCGAACUAUGUAUUUCCAUGCCUCUUUUACUUUUUGAUGGGGUGGAAUUUGUUCAAAUAGUUUUUUCUUUAGAUUACGGACAAUCAAUUGAGGUUGGCAAACGAUUUAGCCAUUUGCAGCAAAUUUGAAAUUGAUAAAGCUUUUG